AUAUAAGCUGUCAAACUCAACUUCGUAGUCGCGAAUAGAAAACAGUUGAUUCAUAGCAAAACAAGGAACGGUUUUUGGUAGCUGCAGUAACAUUACUCCAAAAACAUUCGACUUUUUUGCAGGAAAAAUGAAAUCCGAAAAGGAGGACGGAAGUUUUUCGGUAGCGCCUUCCAACCAAACAAUUAAUAUUCCAAAUGAACACAAAUGUCUGAUUUGUGACAAACAAUUCGCCAGUAAAAGUAGCCUCAACAAACACGUUUUAUUACAUGAAGACAAACGAUCAUUUGGUUGUGAUAUUUGCGAGAAAAGUUUUAAUUUGAAGGGUUACCUAAGCAGGCAUAUGAUCGUCCAUAUCGGAGACAAACCGUUCACGUGUGAUGUAUGUAGCAAAGAAUUUCGAAAUCCUGACAAAUUGAAGCGUCACCACCUUCUUCAUACCGGUGAGCGGCCGCACAAAUGCACCGUUUGUGAAAAAUGUUUUACCUCUAAGACUGAACUAGGCAUGCACAUGUCCGUACAUACGGGUGAUUAUAAGCUUAAGUGUGAUGUGUGCGGUAAAGGAUUCAAGCAAAAGUCGCAUUUGAAAGAUCACGAAAACGUUCAUACAGGAGAGCGGCCGUAUCAAUGCAGUGUAUGCGGGAAAGAUUUUGCCACUAAAGUUGGAUUAACCCAACACAACUAUGUUCACACUGAUCGGUACAAGUGUGACGUGUGUGGCAAAGAGUACUCUAGGAAGUUUGCACUGGUACUGCACAAACGCACUCAUGCAGCUGAACAGUCAAUUGAUUCGCUCGUCGAACCAACAGCACUCAGUGACAAACUAAACGAGAAAACCCCACACGGUUCUUGUAACUUUGAUGCAAUCAAUAGAACUGGCCAAGUUCGAAACGUUAUUCCAAAGAAAAAGGAAAUAUCAAUUGACUCGGUAGCAUCUUCCACUGGAACAAACGAUUGUCUGAAUAAACACAAAUGUUUGAUAUGUGACCGACAAUUCGCCAUCCAAAGUAGUCUCGACAAACACGUUUUAAAGCAUGAAGUCGAGCAGCCAUUCAGUUGCGACAUUUGUGGGAAAAAAUUCCAAUUUCAAUGUCUCCUAACCAAACAUUUGACCGUUCAUACAGGGGAAAAACCGUUCACGUGUGAUGUGUGUGGCAAAGGAUUCUUACAAAACUCGCAUUUAGAAGACCACAAAAACAUGCACACAGGAGAGCGGCCGUAUCAAUGCAGUUUAUGUGGAAAAAAGUUUGCCAUUAAAGGUGUCCUAACCAGACACAUGUCAGCUUGCACGGGAAAUCGACAUAGGUUUGAAAUGUGUGACUAAGUAUGCAGAACGAAAUAUAACUUGGAAUUGCACAAACGCUUUCAUAAAACUGAGCAGUUAAAAAAUUCAAGUACAACGGACGAUUCUACAGAAGUGCAUGACAUUCAGGCAACACACCAACUACAUUGUGGCUAAAGCUUCUCGCUGCCUUGGAUUCGUGAUGAGAAUGGCUAAGCAUUUUACGGAUGUUUACUGCUUGAAAUCCCUAUACUGUUCACUCGUUCGCUCUACUCUGGAAUAUUGUUCAGCUGUUUGGAACCCUCACUACCUCAAUGGCGUUAAUAGAAUCGAGUCGAUUCAACGUAGAUUCGUUCGGUUCGCUCUUCGCCGUUUACCUUGGACCAAUCCUCAUCAACUACCGAGCUAUGAAAGUCGCGGAUUGCUAAUCGGUCUAGACACACUGCAAGUAAGACGGGAGCUAUCGCGUGCUUUAAUGAUAGCAGAUGUUUUGAAUAAUAGGAUCGACUGCCCCACUUUGCUCCGUGAAGUCAACAUCAAUGUUCGUCCUCGAGUUCUCCGCAACAACGCUUUUCUUCGACUUCCUUUACGCCGCACUAACUACGGGAUAAACGGUGCGAUUAUCGGCUUACAACGGUCAUUCAAUCGAGUGUCAUCUGAGUUCGACUUCAAUCUUUCACGGCAUAAAACAAGGACCAAAUUCUUACAUAGUAUUAGAAUUAAUCAUUAGGACCACAUCGUGUCCGUUGAUUUUACAAUAAAUAAAUAAAUAAAUG